ACAAUCAUCUGUUUGAUGUUCUGCGCUACAUAAAGUAGUCUGUUGUCCAGUGGAUUGCGAAUUUCAUAAAAGUAAACGUUCUCCUGGUUUAUAUUCUUUUAGAAAACUGUUGUUAUCACUUAAAUGUCACUGCGAUUGACGUGCAGAAUACCAAGAUUUCGUGACGUUGCCCGACACAUCUCGUCUUCCCCAGUUUUGUCCAAACAACCAUUUCAUGACAAACUACGAUCUAAAAGAUCCAACCCACCACCACAUCAUUCACUCCCUUUUUAUGAUGAAGCACCACCUGAUAGCUUUCCGAGUAAACAAAUGGAUAUUGUUGGUCAGUGGGGUUCUACAGACAGUAAUAUAAAGAGAUUAAGGUUUCGUCAUGGUGAAUUCUUAAAAACUAUACCAACGUCAUUUGAAAAACUCCAGGAGUUGUAUUUUCUUGAGGAUAACAUGUGGUUUCAUUCCAUUGAUAUUCCUUUACAACAUCCUGAAAUGUUAGAAUUUUCUCAAUUUGUCACGCGUACAAAACUCGUUCCAUGGAUACCAGAGUCAUACGACAGCAAUCCAAUUUUGUCGAGUUAUUUAAAGUAUCUUUUUUCUGAAGAGUUACAUUCUGUUAACAGUAAACCUGUUAAUAUCCAUGAUCAGAGUAUUAAUGGACUUAAUUUACGUGCAGAUUAUCGACGCAAAAAAAUAUCAAUGAUUAUGGAAACAGUAUAUCGGGCAUUUUUAUCUGCUAGAACAGAAUCACUAGUUAACGAGUUAUCCACACAAAUUGAUGAACGCGCUACCAUUGAAAUAUUUUUAAAACGACUAGUCGAUCACGAAGUAUUUGAAAACUCCGAGAAUGUAAAUGAAGAUGUUUAUGAACCCGUAAACGAGACAAUUGUUGACGUCGAACGUUGUGUACAUUAUCGUAUUCGGUCUGAGUUAGCUUGGCAGUUGCGGGGGCCAUUUCCUUUAAAGCCUCAUUUUAAUCUAGACGAUCCAAUUUGCUUUCUAGAAAACCCUAUUGUAUGCAAUUAUCGCCCUGAAGCAUUUGAUUUGCAACAUACUGAGUGUUAUAAUUUCAAUUGUUUACCAUUUGCAAGAACGAUCGAUUUUUCCGAAUUUGCUCGAUCUAUUGCAGGUUAUUGGUCUCGCACACCAUUCUGGGAAGGAGAUCCUUGUGAAUUUGGUUUACUUGGAGUUCUUGAUUUAAAUCGUUCCGAAUGUGUACGAAAUGAAAUUAGUUGUUCUGGUCUUCCAGAUAAUGUAAAAAGUAAUAUUUUAAUACGACAUGGAAUUGCUGAGGGUGUUCUUACAGCAUUUGCAUGGGCGUCAGCCCAAGCUUACAAUCAAGGUUUUACUUUAUAUAAUGAGUUAACUUAUCCACUUUGCGUCCAACUAAUUCUAAUGGAUGGUAACUAUAUUCAGUUGUUACGCUUUCAAUUGAAUUCAAUAACAUCGUUAUGGAAAGCUGAGGAUUCAAUGUUACCAUAUAAUUUAGCUUGGUAUUCUCCACGAGUAGAAUUGUGUAAAUUACAAUCUGAUUUAGAACAUAACGAAACAUUCACUGUAAAUAAUGAAGCUAUCUCACUUUUAACAUCUGCUAUGUUACAUCCUGUGGAUAAAAUUACUUCUAGUGAGUCACUUCGUCCUUAUCUUGCUGACGGAAUGGCACCAAGAAACUAUCUUAUAGAUAAAUCAUCAGCUAAACAUUUAAUUCCAUCUUCUGAGGAAGAUAAAUAUUAUCAUGAGAAAUUUGGUGAUAUGACCAAAUUGCAACUUAGUGAAACAGAAAUGAAUGCUUUAAGAUCUAGUGGCGAAUUAAAUAAAUCAAAGAAAUCAACGCGUUUGUAUACUUCAAAACGUCCACAUCCAAAUGAUAUAUUCUACUUUAAAAUCCUUCCCAUCUAAUCUCAUACCGAAAAUAUGGAGAAAGAUGAAGAUAAUUCCUGUACCCAAGAAAGCAUCUGGUGAUAAGAAUGUAAAAUUUAGACCUAUUGCAAUAACUUCACCCUUCCUCAAAACAAUGGGAAAAAUUAUUAAUACUUUCACUUCAGCCUGCGAUAAAAGAGCAUAUUGAUCCAUAUCAGUUUGCUUACAGAUGCAAAAGAAGCACUUUAGAUACUGUUGCUGUUCUGCAUCACAACAUAGUGUUCAACUUAGAAAAGGGAAAGAAUUAACAGACAAGAAUACUCUUAUCAAUGAAAUCAAAGAAAAAAUGCCUGAUUUCGGUGGACCAUUUGGAGAACUUCCAGAGCCUUAUAACAGUAAAUUAAAAGAAUAUCAAGUGUUCAAACGUAAUUCACAACCACGAUUACGUGUUCAGGCUCCUCCGCGUCGUUGGCGUUGAUUAACUUCAGGCACUUCAAUUCAAUAAUUACUUGUAAUAGUUUUUUUGGGAUUUGUUCUAAAACAGAAUACAACUGUAUAGAAAUAUAAGUUUUAUUUGCAUUU